UUAUUAUAUUCGUAAAAAUGUCGAGAAAAGUACUAAUAGUGAUAUCUACGUUUUUCGUUUGUUUAAAAUGUAGUGACAUUUCUGUUAAAGUCUUCAAAAACGGAGACGUAGUUAAUUUAAAUAUUAACUCAAUUUCUGAGUUAAAGCAAAAUGUAGUCCACAGAGGUGAACUAGACGACAUUGAAAUUGAGGACCAAAAUGUUCCAGUAGUACCAAACAAUUUGCUGAAUGGAAUCACUGCCACGGAACUUCACAUUAUUAGAUCCCAAGUAAGAGAUGUUGAACCUGGUGCAUUCGAUGGAGCUUCUAUGGUUAACCUAAUGUUGUAUGAAAACCAAAUUGCAAGAAUAAGAAAAGGUAUAUUUAACAAAAACUCAUUUAAUAUACUUGCUUUGCAGAAUAACGUUAUAUCUAAUAUAGAAGAUGAAGCCUUUGACGGUACAACCAUCGCGAUACUGGACUUUGGUUUUAACAAGAUGGAAAAAUUGACUUCAAAAAUGUUCGCUGGUUCAAAUAUUACAAAUCUUAACUUACAAUCGAACCUAAUAAGUAACAUAGAAGAUGGUACCUUUCAGAAAAUCGAUAAUUUGAAUAAAUUAGACUUAAGCGGUAACCAAUUGGAAGUUAUUGGACACGUCUUUAGAAACCUGACAAACCUAAAUGAAUUGCACUUGGAUGGAAACCGAAUCAAAACACUUGAACCUGGAUGCUUUGGUGGUUCUGGGAUCUACUGGCUUUAUUUUGCAGGUAACCAACUGACUCAUAUUGUAAAGGGAGUGUUUUAUAAAGUACCAGUAUCCUUAUUGGAUUUCACUAAUAACAAAAUUUCAAAAAUUGAUAAAGGAGCCUUAGCUGGUCUUUCAACGCUAACAUUUGUUCAGUUAUCUAAUAACAAUAUAGGAGAUUUGAAGCUGUCCACUCUUGGCGAUCUCAAUACUGCUUUAAAUGGUCUAUCUUUGAGUGAUAACGGCAUUUCAAAUAUCGAUAUUGGAGUGUUCAAAAAUACUAAAAUCGAUAUGUUGGACUUAAGCAAAAACCAUAUAAAAUCAAUUAAAAAAGGACUGUUCCAGAAUGUUAAAAUGUACACUAUUAAUUUGAGUGAAAAUGAAAUUACUGAAAUAGAGGAAGAUGCUUUUGGUGAUAUCGAGGAUUUAAGUCACAUAGAUGUGAGCUUGAACAAACUUACAGAAGUUAAGAAGAGAAUGUUCAGUCUACCAUUGGAUGAAGUUAAUUUGGAAGAUAAUGUAAUAACUAAAAUCGAUAAUGAUGCCCUCAAUGGUCUUCCGCUGUCACGUCUUCAGAUAAAAAAUAAUCCUAUUGCUGCCAAGAACAAAGCUUAAAAUAUUGUGUAUUUAAUAAUAAUGGAAUAAACAAUAAACAAUAAAAUUUUA